AUGUUCAUACGAACGGCCUUUCACUCCCAACGUUACUACUCGCUGCCACGGGCUAGUUUGCACAACCUUCCUUUACACAAUCUUUCUCUACAACCAACCACCCACAAACCUGCGAACCGUCUACAGCCAUGGCAAAGUCUCAAGCUCGCUCUUCUCGACGCAACGCUCGGCCCAAGAAAUCUUCGGGGAGUACCCCCACGUACGUCUCGGUCGGCGUCCAAACCUUCAUUGUCAAGAUCUCUAUUCCGAGCCGUCGUAGCACUUCCGCCACAGACAGCUCUACAUCACCCCCAGUCUCGUCGUCUCCGCCGCAACCUACAGAAGCCGAGGCCUCACAAGACACGAGCGAUAUCUCAACUACCUCUACUACCGCUUCUCCAACAGUGUCCACAUUCUCCGCCGCCUCAGAAGCAAAUUCCAUAAAGACGGCCACCAAACCCACCAGCAAAUCCACAAAAACCAAAAAGAAAUCCGCCAAACAAGACAAACCCGCCCCAAACGAACCCCCACCUCAGUACCGCUACGCCCACUGGACACGUCAGGAAUACACCUACAUGUCCCAAGAACGCGCCAAGUCCCCACCAACCCCCUGGCCCGCAAUCGCAGCGUACCUCUCCCGCCAAGCCACCGCAUGCGAGCGCAAGUUCCUGCAGUUCCAGGACCUCGCCAAGUUACCGGCGGAUUUCUCCU